UUGGUUUUGUAAAUAUUGUAUCUAUAUAGGUAGUUGCUUAACAAAAUAAAUAAAUAAUAAUUGUAGCUAGGUAGUUUUAAUUUAAUUAAGGCGAGGUCACUACACGUCCAGACAUGGAUUUAUGUGGAGCUAAAACGCUGCGGCUCUCCUCGCCUAAUCUCAAAAUCCUUCAUCUGGUGAGGCAUGCACAAGGCAUCCACAAUGUAGAAUUAGAAGAGCACAGAGAGAAACCUGAAUCAGAAAAGCUUUUUGAUGCCCAUCUCUCUCCAAAGGGGUUGCAACAGAUUUCUGAAAGGCGCAAGAAAAUCCAUGAAUCAGGAUUACUAAACACUAUCGAGUUGGUGAUUACCUCACCGCUGCGCCGAGCAAUGGAAACUUCAAUAGGAAUAUUUAGGGGACAAGAAGUAGAAGAUGUCAAUAUAUCCGACGACUUUACAAAAGCUAACAACCUUCCUCCAAUUCUAGCACUUGAGACUUGUAGAGAACGCAUGGGACUUUAUCCGUGUGAUCGUAGAGCAAGUAUAAGUACCCGCCGCACUUGUUUUCCUGACAUUGACUUUACAAUGAUAGAGAGUGAUGAAGAUGCUCAAUGGCAUGACAAGGAAAGGGAAAAACUAGAAGAUGUUGCUACUAGAGGUCUUCGCUUUUAUACAUGGUUAUUAGAGAGACCAGAAAAAGAAAUAGCAAUUGUAAGCCACGGGAUUUUCUUGCAACAAACACUUCGUGUGCUGCGUGAAAAGCUUGGCAUACCUAUUGAAGAUAGUCACCUAACAAGGUUUGCCAAUUGUGAACUCCGGACCAUUCGGAUAGAGAAGAGGUAACACAUGGCUGCGUUCAGGGAAGAUCGAAGCUACCACUAAAGUCCAUUAAUGCAUUGUUACGUUUUAUAGAUUUCCAAUUUAAACCACAACUGGCGAUGAAUGAACUGCUUUUAUAUCCUAGUUAAUUUUUUUUUCCUUUUUUUUUUCUUUUUCUUUUUUUUUAAUGUAAAAUGUCUCCAUUUAACUUCAUCGAUAUAAUAGUUGAAUAAAGUCGAUAAAUAUUAAUUUUCCUCUAAAGAAAGA